AUGGGAUAUAAAGAUGCAGAAAUGACACCUACACCCUAUAAUGUUCAUGGAUUCAAUAAAGCAGUUACAAAGCCAAAGGGAGAAAUCGUGACGCGAAUAUUACUGGGAGAGGUUGAAACAAAGAUAACACUGUGUGUGAUUAACAUUGAGUCACCAUACACCAUGUUGUUGGGAAGACCAUGGGUACAUGGAUUAAAGGCAUUAGCGUCAAGGUUACAUCAAUGUAUCAGGUUUCCAAUUCCAAGCGGUAUAGGUGAAAUCAGAGGAGACAUUAAGGCGGCGAAUACUUGUAAUCAAAUAGAUGUGCGAAAUUAUGAAGGGCGAGCAAAGAAACGAAAUGAUAGAUGGAGAAAAACAAAAGAACAAAGGAAAGAAGAGGAGUUUCGAAUAUACAUGAUAAGAGCGAAAGAAGGAAAAGGAAUACCAGGCGAAGAACCAGCAGAGGAAGGAAGACGAAUUAAAGAAAUUAAGGAACCAACACAUAUGAGGGAACCAAAAGCGAAUUUUACUGCAGCAGAACCAACAAAAGAAAUAAAUAUAGUAACUGAAGAAGAACCAAAAUUAUUGAAUUGGAACUAA